AAUCAUCAUGGACGUCGUUUGUUGAGUUGCGGCGUUUAGUUAUUAGAAAAAUGUGUUUUUAAACUAUAAAUCUAAAGUUUUAGCCUAUUGUGGUGAUAUAGAAAAUGGUAACGCUUGCCGACGAUUUAGAUUCUUUGUCUUUGCAAGAGCUAAUUUUCAAGGAUGUCAAGUAUUACCUCUCUGGCGAUGUGUCCGACAGGAUCAUGUUGCUUCUGCAAUCCGGCGGAGCCGAGAAUACAAAGUACUUCUCAGAUUAUGUUACUCAUUUAAUCUGUGGCCAAAAUGCGGCGGACACAGACCUCGAUGACGCUCAAGAUAUUUAUCAGAUCCCUGCUGUGACCGAGUACUGGGUGUUGGCUUGCGUCAGGUUGCGGAGACUAGCCAAUCCCAAGCCCUACAGUCCUAACAGGAAUAAAAUAUUUUCAAAUGUGACUGCCUGUGUGGCCCAAGUGAGUCCCGGGGAUUUGAAAACAUUGUUUGCUAUAAUCACAUACCAUGGCGGAAAAGUGAAGCUCAAUUUGGACCCCCAGUGUACACAUUUGAUCUGUGGUGCCGCAUCUGGCAGAAAAUACAGUGCGGCACUCAGUUUACCUAACAACCGGAUUAAGAUUGUGACACCAGACUGGGUGCUAGAGAGCUUGAGGGCUAGAAUACAGGCGGUCACUGAUAUCUUCCACCCCAAGUUGCUGAUAGUGCCACAGCCUCCGCCCAAGUUAAUGGAUCGAAUAAGUGCCAUUACAGGUUUUGACUUUGAAGAGGGUAUAGCAAAGAAUGAGGUGCCCACCCAAAACAUGAGUGAAAUUAAAGAUGAGAGUACUCAAGCACUGCUGGAUAAACUUGAUAAACUUAAGCAGAGGAUGCCCUGGAACCACCCACCGUCUUCAGUCAACACUUCCACUGUUCCAACGUCUGCGGUGACCUCUAUGGGUUAUUCAAAUACCAUGCAACCAGGGAACAUCAUGAGCAAGUCUAUCCCGCAGGGUAUUGUGACACAAAAUCUGCAGAUCCAAGGCAGUCAAACUAAUACACAACUCAUGCAGAAAUUCAUAGCGUCACAAGCUAAUAUGAAUGUGGGCCAAAUAGGCCUGCAGCAGCAAGUGUAUGGACAGCAACAGCAACAACAACAGCAACAACAGCAACAACAACAGCAACAACAGCAACAGCAGCAAUCACAGCCCCAGCAACAGCAGCCACAUGGUCUCACUGCCAUACAGAUACAACAGCAAAAGUUGUUGCAACAGCGCCAACUAGCAGCGCAAAUGCAAAUGCUGCAACAGAAAACUAACCAACAAAAUCAGCAAGGAUUUUCUCAGUCCAAUGUCUUAGUGUCACAGAUGAACCAGAUCCCGAGCCAGAUGCAGCAGCAUAUCCAAACCAGCCAGCAUCAUAUACAACAGAACCAGAACAUAACACAAUCCAAUAGUAACAUGACAUCAGCUCAGCAACAGAUUGAAAAUAUCAGUCAGAUGUUGAGUCAGAGUGCCAAUAAUCUUCAGCAGCAGCAAUUAAAUCAACAAAACAUGGCUAUGAAACAAAGCUUGAGCCUGAGCCAGCAAACUGCUUCGCAAGCCGUUCAAAAUAUUGCUCAGCAGUUGGCUCAGUCCACUCAGAAUCUGCAACAGAAGCUCAGCCAGAACAUGAAUCAAAGUCAAGUCCUUAACCAGCAACUCAUGAGUGCUGGGCAGCAAAUGUCUUCACAGAAUCAAAACCUGAUUCAACAACAAACUGUCCAGUCUUUAACAAACCAGCAGCAGAACUUGAAUAUGGGUGUAGUCAACCAGCAGGGAAUGGUUUCGUCCUCUCAAGGCCAAGGCAGCCAAGUGCAGCUUAACCAACUUGUUGGGAACAGUGGUCAACAAACAGUAUUAGGACAGCAAAUACAGUCUGUACAGCAAAGUAUUCAAAGUCAGCAGGGCGGCAAUGUACAGGGUGCUUGGAGACAACAGAACAUACAAAUGGUGCAAAAUGUUCAAGGCCAACAUCAGAUAAUCAGGAGUCCACUGGUGCAACGGAAUCCUCAAAACCCAGUCAUUUUACAGCAACAGAUUAUGCAGACGCAACAGCAGGCUCUGAUAAAUAACCAACAACAGGCUCAGUCCAGCCCUCAGCACACGAUACAGCAAAGUAACCAGCAGAUUUUGCAACAAACUAUUGGCUCACAAGGUCAGAGUAUUGGCCAAACGCAUCAUCAAAUAUUAGUUCAAAAGCAGCAGUUAAUGAAUAGUUCAAACCAGCAGCAAAUAGUUCAGGCCCCACAACAGGUGUUGAUAAAUCAGCAUACUGGACAGCAGCAGAUAUUAGUGCAUGGAAACCAGCAGGUGACCUUGCAGAGUGGGCAACAGAUAGUGUCACAGAGCCAGAUAGUUCAUCAGGGGGGUCAGAUAGUGAACCAAGGCGGACAGCAGAUCAUCACACAAGGCACGCAGCAAGUGCUAUCACAGGGCGGCCAACAUGUUAUAACUCAGCAAGGACAGCAGCAUCAAGUAGUGAUUGCUCAGUCAUCACAGCAGAUUGUGACUCAGUCUGGACAGCAAAUUAUUGGUCAGACUGUAGGCCAGAACCAACAAAUAUUAUCUCAAGUGCCGCAAUCAUCGCAGGGUAGUACACAGCUGACUAGUGGCGGUGGCAUCCAGCAGAUCAUAACGCACAGUGGCGGGCAGCAGAUUGUGUCGCCGGGCGGACAGCAGAUAGUCCAAGGCGGGCAGAAUGUAACAUGGCAGCAGCAGCAGCAGUAUUUGCAACAGCGACAGCAACUUGGGCAGCCUGCAACAGUUGUUGGGCCAAGGGUAUCAUGGACAGCAGGCGGCGGCGGUCGCCAGCUCAUCCACCUGGACGCACAGACACACGCGCAGCUGCAACAGAUGGACCCCACGCAGCGCGCCAUGUUCGUGGCGCAGCUGCAGAAGCGGCGCCAGCAGCUGUCUAUGCAGCGCGCAGCACUACAGCACCAGCAGCAGCCGGGCGGAGUAGUAGCGGGGUCGCCUUCGGCUGGUGGCGCUCCGCAGAGCAUCACUUUCAUCCGAGGUCAGCUACCGCCGGGACAACAGCAGGUGCAGUGGCUGCAGCAGCAGGGCGCCCGCGCGACGGCCAUGCCGGCCGCGUCGCCCGCGCAACCUCCACAGUCCCCUGUGGGGGCUGGCGGCGUGGCGAGUCCUGCAGGCGGAGGGGUAGAGCUCCAACAGCUGCAGAUACAGAGGGCGCAGUACCAGAGGCUGCAGCAACUUCAGGCGCAGAGGGAGCACCACCACCACCUGCCGCACAAGCAGGUUGGCGGCGUUUCGCCGCACGUGGCGAGUCUGGGCGAGCACGCAGACGCCGCUCUGCUGAGCCCGGCCACCACCGACCCGCAGAGUGCAAACAACGCGCUGCUAGUGAACCCGAAGACCAAGACCGCGCUAGCCAACAUGCUGUCCAUCCGGUUACAGGGCGCCGCGCCGCCGCCCGACCAUGAGCCUUCUGCCGCAGGGACACUUAGGUUGAUGACGGCGGCGCACGCGGCGGGCGGGCCGGCGCGCGCGCCUGCGCGCCUGCUGCUGGGGCCCGCGCACCAUCCCAUACACAAGGUGUACGCGGGCGCGCCCCGCGCCGCCCCGCCGCGCGCGCAGUUCUACGGACACAACCCCAACCUCAAGCUGCCGCCUGACCUCUUCCUGCUCGGCUGCGUCUUUCAUAUCGUGGAGUAUCAGCAGUCUUGGGGAGCGGAGCGCGUAGCUCGCUGGGUGGAGUGCAUCCAGCGCCGCGGCGGCGAGGUGGAGGCGGGCUACUGCGCACGCGUCACGCACGUGCUGUGCGAGACGCAGCGACACGGCGUCGUCAUGCAGGCGCUCCGAGACGCAAAGCGCUGCGUAACCGCCUACUGGCUGUCGGACGCCAUGCUGCGCCGCGGCGUCGCGCCGCCGUGGCAAGCCUUGCACCUGCCCGCCAUGUACGCGGCCAGAGAUAGGCCGGCCAAACACCACAGGGCCGCGCUGUCCGGCUGGAGGGCCGAGGAGCGGGACAGGGUCGCGUGUGCCGUCGAGCAGAUAGGGGCCAAGUUGACACCGUACAUGACGCGAGAUAACACUGUAUUGAUCUGCAAGCGCGCGGAUGGCACCAAGUACCGGCGGGCACGCGAGUGGGGCAUCCCCUGUGUUACCCCCGCCUGGCUCACCGACCUGCUGCUCGGCAACAUGAGCGCACUGGCACAGAUCGAGAACACCAAAUAUCAACAAUUCAAUCUAGCCAGUCCAUUCCGAAUGGACUACAGUUUAGUUUCGCACUUAAUGAACGCGUGGAAGAUGCCUAUCAACAUAACCCCCGAGUCGCACGAGCGCGCCAAGCGCGCGGCCCUGUCCCUCCCGCGGCGCGCCAAGCGCCCCCGCCUCGCCUCGCCCCCGCCCCCGCGCGCCCCCGCCGUGCCCCCGCCCCUCCACCUCGCGCCGAGAGUGCUGUUCUCCGCCAUGCCCGCCGCCGACCAGAACAAGUACGCCGCCAUCGUCAGGUUACUCGGAGGCCUCGUGGUGUCGACAGCCGCGGAAGCCACACACUUAGUGAUGGACAAGCUGGUGCGCACCAGCAAGCUGGUGAGCUGCCUCAUCACCGUCAAGCACCUGCUGUCCACCGAGUGGGUGCUCGAGAGCCAGCGCCACAACAAGUUCGCCGACGAGGCGCAGCACGGCCUCAGAGACGAAGCCUUCAACAAAAUGUUCAAAUGCGACAUCUCAGAGGUGCUACUAUGCGGCGAACAGAGGAGAAAACUCUUCGAAGGCGUUACAUUCUUCAUGACACCUUGCGUGAAACCUUCGCGAUCAUCGCUCACGGAAAUAAUAGAACUCUGCGGCGGAAAAGUCGAGAAGAAUCGACGCUCCUACGUCUCGAUACAAGAAAUGCACAGCAUACGACCUUACAGCUACUUAGUGCUCACGGUGCCGAAUGAUUUGCACCUAGUGUAUUACCUGCUGCAGUCGGAGAAGACUCUCAACGUUGUGUGCAGUACGGAGGUGGUACUGUCUGCCAUUAUGAGGCAAAAACUGGAUAUAGAAGAAUUCCUUGUCAAAAUAGACUAAUUUAUAUUUAUAUUAUUACAUUCUUUAGUCAUUAUUAUCAUAAUCAUAUCAGAAGCGCUGGUGGCCUAGCGUUAAGAGCGUGCGACUUUCAAUCUGGAGGUCGCGGGUUCAAACCCCAGCUCGUACCAAUGAGUUUUUCGGAAGUUAUGUACGAAAUAUCAUUUGAUAUUUACCAGUCGCUUUUCGGUGAAGGAAAACAUCGUGAGGAAACCGGACUGAUCCUAACAAGGCUUAGUUCCCCCUCUGGGUUGGAAGGUCAGAUGGCAGUCGCUUUCGUAAAAACUAGUGCCUACGUCAAUUCUUAGGAUUAGUUGUCAAGCGGACCCCAGGCUCCCAGGAGCCGUGGUAAAAUGCCGGGAUAACGCGAGGAAGAAGAAGGAGUGAUUAUUAUCAUCCAACUUACCCAAUGGAUAGGUUGGAUUAUUAGUAUUAAGUUGACAUAACGAGGAAUUAAGAAAUGAUUUCGUGUAUGUCACCAUACAUUAUGCUCGUAUGUAUUCGCAACUUUUGUAAAUGAUUUAAGUUUCUUGACUUUUGAAAGAUGUUUAGUUUAUUUUUGAAUCUCUAAUUAGUUUUGAGAGUCCCUUACAAGUUUUCCUGUUUAUCUUGUUUCAUGAGAUGCGAAUAUUUUAUUACUGUUAUGUGAUGCCUUAGUAUUAGUAAGAAAAGGAUGGACUGUCCAUAUUUAGCGGUUUAUACACUACAGUGUUGGGCAAAAAGUAAUUGAAUUACUAAUUAUCAAUUGCAAUUAAUAAUUGAAAUUAUUGAUUUCAAAUACAUGUAAAAAGUAAUUGCGCCUUCAAAUUACAAAUGCAAUUGUAAAAUGUAAUUGUGAAUUACAUUUCUAAAUUGAAAUUUGAAAUGAAUUACUUUACUCAAUUUCAAAUUACUUUUGUUAAAUACAAGUUUUCGAUCAUCUUUAUUUCUAAAAUCAUAUUAAAAUUAUAAAUGACCUUUAAAUUUGACUAACCUUACAAUGUUUGACUUUUUAUAUUUAAUAAAAUGUUAAUGAGUAUUUUUGCAAGAACGUACAAGGGGAAAUAAUAAAUAAAAUGCUGUUUUAUGUAUGGAAAAUCGAAAGAUUCAAAUAUUAGAUUUUUAUACCAUCGGGUUUUAGUUAAUGUAUAAAAAAAUUACAUGAGUGUAAUACAUAAUUAUUAUUGAAAUAUUUUUUUCGCCUGUUUGUUGUUGUAGUCUUCUAGCAACAUAACGUAAUUGAGUAAUUUAUUUACCAGUUGUUGUAAUUGUAAUUACAAAUAACAUAGCAAAUUGAAUUGCAUGUAAUUGAAUUACAUGCAAUUCAAUUAGUAAAUAAAUGAUUAAUUGCGCCCAACACUGAUAAGGGCCUUCCACACUCGUGCGCGAAUCGCAGCGCGAAGCCGCGAAUACGAGUGUGGAGUCUAGUUCGCUAAUCAGCGAAAUCGACUCCACACUCGCGUUCGCGGCUUCGCGCCGCGUAGUCUAGAGCGAGCUAUACACAACAAAUCUGUUGGCCUGGACCAAUUUGUACAUAGUAAAGAAGAUUGAUUAUAUAAAGAUUUUUCUAAA